UACCUUCAACCAUUGCCGCAAAAUUCAAGGACCUAUACAAAGAAGUCUAAGACUAGAACGACUCAAGCGAGGAAUAAUGAUGACAACGAUUAACAUUUCAUGUCUUAUGAGUAUUAUUCUGACUGAUCAUAGAAUUGUAGCGCAUCCCCUUCUAUUUUUUCACUAA